GUUCAAAAUUUUAUAUUCAUAAAGAUUACAUAAAAAAAUAUCCAGAAACGUAUCUUUAUGUUUUGAUGAAUUUUAAUGACUUGAAAUAUGAGUGUGAAGAUUACGAAGAUGAAAAUGAUUACGAAAUUAAUGUUAAUUACGAACCUUAUAUUUUCAAUCACAUAUAUUCGUAUUAUACUAGUGGAAAGUAUCCAAGUCGAUAUAAUAAAAAAAUUUUAGAAGUUUUCGAUUUUUUUUUAAUUAAAUUACCUGACAGAAGAUGGGAAGGAAGGUCAUCUUAUUUGUAUAAAAAAAGUAAAUUGAAUUGUGAGC